UCUCCAGUCUCCACUUCUCUUUACCUCAACCAAUCGGCAAUGCAGUUCAGAACCAUGGCUUUGGUGAAGAGAAGUGUGGUUUUGGUAUUGAUGAUGCCAUUGUUUCAGGUGAUGAAUGCAGCUAUCUACAAGGUUGGGGACUCAGCUGGUUGGACCACUAUUGGUAAUAUUGACUACAAACAAUGGUCUGCUACUAAGACCUUUCAAGUUGGUGACAUUAUUGUUUUUGAGUACAAUUCUCAAUUUCACAACGUGAUGCGAGUAACACACGCCAUGUACAGGGCAUGCAAUGCGUCAGCCCCUUUUGCAACUUAUACCACAGGCAACGAUUCAAUCACCAUAAAAACUCGUGGCCACCAUUUCUUUUUCUGCGGUGUCCCUGGCCAUUGCCAAGCUGGUCAGAAGGUUGACAUUAACGUCCCUCACCAUCAAGAAGUCAUAGCUCCAACUCCUGCUUCUUCUUCUUCAUCAUCUUCUACGUUCUCUCCCGCAGUUCCUGCUGCCAGAAUUCCAGGCCCCUCUACCAGCAAUGCCAUUUCAUUCAUGCCUUCGGAUAAUCUUGCUUUCGGUGUUGCUGUUCUGGCAACUCUUGGGUUCAGUUUUGCUUGAUGGAAAAAGUAGUCGCUCAAUAAUUGUAUUCAAAUCUUGUUUAUAUGUAUUGAUCAGACCUGAUAAUGUAUAUUUUUAUAUAUUCUCAGGUUGACUUGGUUA